AGUGCCGCUAGGUUCUCACUCGUUCGCCGACGUUCGGCCCGUUCGGUUCAUCCUUGUGUUUCCAUCCAUCCUAUUCGUCAUAUUCCUUAUUUUCUUACCCCCUUCCAUUUUUUAACUUUUAUCUAACUCCACUCCGUUUAUUUGUUUAUUCAAUACUAAAAAAAAACCCGUUGCACUUGUUACAUGCACCCCAUUUUUUUUGGUGUUCGUCUGUCGUGAUCGAAAAAAAACAACGAACCAAAUUUAGAAGAAUAAGGAAGGACCUAAUUUUCUUUUUUGGUGAUAAUUGGACUUUCAUAAAAGGAAUCAUCGAAAUGAAUUUGACAGUGUUGAUGAAUUUUUUAUUCUUUCGUUUUAUAUUGAGACAGUGUCGGGUAUUAUGUGAGAAUUCGUAAUUAAUUUUAUUUGUUUGUUUUUUUUCUUUUUCUUUUUAUUGUUCUUCUUUAGUUUCUUAGUUUUCUUUGCCUUUUUUGGACUUAUUGUUUUGUUAUUAGUGCAUAACGAAUUUGCAAGUAUUGGUUGUUAGUGUGAUAUGAUCUUGCUCUGGAUACGAUUUCGGAUGGAUUAGAAGGCAGGCAUAGGACGUUCGACGGCACGAGGAUGAAAGGUUACGAGGAUCGCAAAAGGGCGCGGAUUAGUGCUCCAAAGAAAGAAAGGUCUUCGACCGUUACUACCGGAAAUGACCAUGACGAGCGUGGCUGUCGCCCCGGGUAGCCUCGUAGCACCACCAGCUAUGUUAACACCGAAGAUGUAUCAUCUACAGCAACCUUUGAAUCCACCAGCACCUUCCCCGACUUCUGGGAAAAACUACGAUACUUUGAGUAAAAACAAGAAAUCGUGGAGCGUGAGAUUGGGUCUCUCUCGUCAAAAUCAAAAUCCAGAUGACCCUGGUAAGGGUUGGGGUACGAUAAGCAACGGUAGCGCGCUGUCCCGUCAAAUGAUCUACGGCGACCCAUGGCUUUAUGGGACGGUUCGAUCGUCGAGGCCUGGUCACGAUCCUCGAGCCUUUCUGACACCGGCACCCCCACCACCACCUGGAGCACCGCUUCUCGUGGUAUGUUCCUGCCCGGAGUUCCUUUGCGGAACGACCAGGAAGCUCGGAAGCAAUUGCCGCAAGUGCGGUGGUCACCGAUUGGCUGGUGUACCUUUAGGAGGAACUUGCCGAUUACCAGCACCAUCAUCGAGGUCCAGGCCCAGUCUUGCAGGUGUACUGAGACCAGCAAUGGACGACCCAUACGAUCAGAUGAGAAGGAACAGACUAGUGGAACCAAGAUCCCGAGCACGGAGUACCUCACCACACAGACCAUCGUCCCAACGAGAUUCCCGAAGCCAAAGUGUACUGGCGGGAAGGAACACGAAGGAACGAAAAGGUUCGAUCGAGGGUACUACUUCGAGAUCCGAGUGGUUCGACAAGGAAGGUACGGUGCAUCCUCAUCAAUCACAUCAUCAUCAUCUUCAUCAUCAUCAUCAACAACAACAACAACAACAACAGCAACAACAGCAACAACACGACAGCAAGUCACGACAGAACUUCAUUGGUACAUCGAACGACCACCAUUGGUUGGAGGAAAAUCAAACGGAGAAUGUUGUUUUGAGGAAUGGAGGAAUCGUCGAACGACCCAAUCAAAAAUCGAUACCCCGUACCUCGAAAAGAACGAACACGAUUCAGAGAAACAAGGAUAAUCAGGAUUGUUCGGUAUCAACAAAAAUCUCAUCGUCGUCGUCGUCGACAGUUGUGGAAACUUCAUUGGCAAGAACAAAAACUUCUAACUCGAAUAACAACGGUCAAGAAAAUAUCGGAGAUUCGAGAAGAAGUAUUUUAGAGUGCGACGUUAAUCCUUAUCUAUUGUUGAAGAAACAAAAAUACGAGGACGAUUUAAGCGACGAUCUGUCGGACAAUGCCUUGGAACAGGACGUUGACUCUAGGACACCUUCGAAUUCGUUUGACCCCUCCAAAGUGAAAUCGAUCGAAAGGAUACCAAAUAGGGGGGCAGCUGUAGCAGCUAUUGGUGGUCAAAGAAUUCGUGUAUUCAACGAACCGAGAGAAAUAUCUGACGAUGAAGAAAAUACACCGGUCACGAGGAUACCAAUACCCAAGGUCUCUCCUAAAAGACCACCAAGAAAAUUGAAGGAAGCCAAGCAGACCCUGAAAAGUAUUUUAAAGAGAGGUCGAGUACUCGAGAGUAAAAGGAAGAACGUAUUGUUCAAGGUCGAUAACGUAAUAUUCGCACCGGAAAAACCAUCCGAGGCCACUAGACUUUCUUGGAGUAGAAUCGGUAGGUUCGCUAACUGUACGAAGGACACGCGUAAAGAGGAAUCCGAGGAGGAUUACGAGGAAGAGGAAAGGCCAAUGAUUGUGGUAGAGGAAGAGGAAGAAGAAGAGGAACCUAUUGUACCGAGAGAACAACAAGAGAAACAUAAAUUCAUCACCAUUCCUAAUAUCAGUGAUCCCAAAGCUGACAGAAGUAAAAAUAAAGAUACGAAAAUAAUACCUCAAGUGAAAAACGUUCUUGCAUACACCAAUUCAUCGAAGAUCGAUACUCCCAUAGUUGGUUCUAAACCGAUCGAUAAUGUUGAGUUGCGUAAAAAGAAUCCAGAAAUCGAAACGAUCAAAUCAAACGAAAAUCUCAUAUCUGCGAACAAAUACGAAAGAUCUAAAGAAGAUCAGAAAUCCUCAAAAAGAGAUAAUGAUCAUAUCAAGUUGGAAGAUGAAACGGAAUUGGAGAUCGAAAUUGAAGAAUUGAACGAUAGGCUUCCGUGUAUUGCAGUUGAUGAGAAGGAUCUGAUUCUGAGGUCGGAAGAAAAUUCAAGAAGACCAUUCCUUUCACGUAGUCAAAGUGACCGAUCGUUCAGCAAACCACAAGUUUCAGCAACCAACGUGUAUUUCGCCGAUACGAUGCGUUUAAGUCUUGGAAAAAAAAUCAAAGUAUCCUCAUCGACAUUAGAAACUUUAACAAACGAAUUAAUCAAAAACACGAUGACCGUUAAUCAAGAUUUGUCAAAUAAAAAAGAACCCAACAAUAUAAAUGAAACAAUUGCAAAUAAUUCGGAAAUAAUUCAGACGAAAUCUGAACAAGAAAUUACAGAUGAUCAAUUAUCAAACAAAACGUUAGAAAUAAUAGAAAAAGAAUUAGAUCCAGCUGUAUCUACGUCAUUGAUGAAAGAUCAGGAACAAAAUCUGAUGCAGGAACAUUUUCGUGGUAUGAAACCAACUAGUUGGUCGCCACCACCUGGUAGACAAAAGCAUCGUUUUAAAAUCAGUGAUUCUGAGAUAAACACCGAAGACUAUGGUGUUUCAACGAUACAGGAUCACAGAAGAUCGGUAUCGUCGGCAUCUACUUUAUCUUGGAAUUCCAGCAGUUCGCACGGAUCAUCGAAGAUAGAAAUUGGACCAUCUUCAUCGAGUGAAAGUAACGUUUGUAAGAUCACAGUGAGUCCAAUGGCAUCUCCAUUGGUUCAUAGAUUACAAAUAGGACCUGGAGUACCAACUAAAACGGUUAAGAGAACGUCCAUAUUGAUAAAUGGUGAUCAAAGUUCUGGUGUUGAGUCUACUCCUGAUAACAAAGUCACCAUCAGUGUAGGUGGUGAAGACAGUGUUUGCAAUCCUACAGUUAUAUCAGUCAAUUCCGAAAUCCUUCCAAAGAUUCAGAGUACCGUUGAGAAUCGUACCUUGGUUAUAUUAGAUAAUUAUAAAUCUAACAUUGUUGUUGAAUCUAUUGCCGAUGAGACUAGAUCCAAACAGAAUAGAAUCGAGUGUCCUCAUAGAAAUGAGGAACGUUCUAGGAACUUGGAAGAUACUUUCUCUUUAUCAUCAAAAUCAAAUAAACCUGUUAAUAUUUUAGAAGAGACUAAUGUGAACUUGGACAAUCAAAUUAGAAUCUCACCCGAUGUGCCACCUAAAUGUAACAAAUCCGAACAAUUGUCACGAGUUAAUUCGCAGGAAGAAACGAAGAAUCAAAAUGAACAAAAAUUAAAGGAAACCGAAGAUUCUCCAAAAUGGUCUGAUCUUUCAAAAGAAGUAAUGAUCUCUAAAUUGUUGGAAGGAUCUUUGAGAAAAGCUCGUGAAAAUGGUGAGAUUUUAGAUCACGAAAGUGGUGAAGCUAUUUUGAAAAUUUUAAAACAGAGCUUAUUAAAGAGCAAAGAAUACGAAAGUUCGGAAUCAACUUUGGAAGCUAAUUACUCUAGGACUUCUAGUUUGAACUCUGAUACCGAUUUCGUGUCAACUAAUCUUUUUCUCGAAGAGAAUCCUUACGAGGUAAUCAAGGAACCAAUUUACGAAGAAAUUCCUGACGAACCACCGCCGUUGCCAUUGAGUCCACCACCUUCUGAAGAUUUUCUUAAAGAUAGGAUUUACUUCACUGACGUAGAUUAUUAUAAAAAAGUUGGACCUGGUGAAUUCAUGGGUUCCUAUUUAUCGGAGGAAGUUUUCAAAAAGACAAACUCCGAUGAUCUAGCUGAGUCCUAUUUAUCCAAAAGUCCUGAAGAUUUCUUUAAAAAGAUCUCCAUUUCACCUGACGAAGAAAAUAUUUCAACUAAAUUUGAAUUACUUAAUUUCCUCAUGGAUUCGAAGGAUCGUACAACUACUGCUGAUGAGGAAGACGAGGAAGAGGAUGAUGAAGAGGAGGAUACUGAAGGAGACCUUGAAGCCCUUUAUGAACAAAAGGAAACCAGUCUGGGUGAUCUCAGUUCUAAGAGUUCACAAAUUUCAAAUGUUUCGGAUAGCAGUGAAGAAUGUAACAUUAUCUUGACUAGUUUGCCGGAAACUUUGAAGUCAAGAACCGUGGACAUCGAAAGAACUGAUAGCGGAGUUGGGUCAGAAAGUAGUCAAGCUAGUAGUACUCGAGGAGUGGCAAGAAGAUGGAGAAGCGGGAACGUUUCGUCCGGACCAGGAAGUUUACUUAGCGGAAUACCGCAAGUGAUUUCCGGUGAUACAAAACUCUGUGAGGAUUGUGAACAACGUUUGGAUCCUUUAAUAACGGACAGUGGAGUAGUUUAUGCACCCUUCGUAUGCAGGAAGUGUUCUAAAAAAAGAGCUGAACGGAAGGAAAUCAUUACGGAGAUUGUUGAGACUGAACAAAAAUAUGGCAGGGACUUACAAAUUAUUCUUGAAGAAUUUCAUCGUCCUAUGUUGAAUGCAGGCCUUCUUACAUCUGAACAAUUGUCAGCCAUUUUUCUUAAUGUCGAAGAAUUAUUAGAAGAUAAUCUUGCUCUAGCUGAAAAAUUGAAGGAUGCUGUGGAAUUUGCUCAGGAAUCAGGUGACGAAGAUCUUCUAACAGUUGACGUUGGUAAAAUAUUUUUGGAAUCGGAACGAAUGCUUCACGCUUUCGAAAAUUACUGUACUCGACAAGGCAGUGCAAGUUUACUUUUACAAAAUUUAGAAAAAGAGAAAGAACUUCUACGAAUUUUUCUUAGGGUCUCUCAAAUGGAGAACACUGUUCUUCGUAGAAUGAAUCUUAACUCUUUUCUCAUGGUUCCAGUUCAAAGAGUAACGAAAUAUCCACUUUUGUUAGCACGAUUGUUAAAAGCUACGCCAUCAGUUCGGCCAGAUAUUCAAGAGGCAAAAAAAAGACUCAAACAAGCUCAAACUAACAUUGAAUUGCAUUUAGAACACAUGAAUGCUGAAGCUAAAGAUGUUACUUCUACGAAAUUAUGGAGAAGAAUUUCUAUCAUACAAAAUGGUAGACGAUCAACCGGUGAGCAAGAUGUGGUAAACAUCAAAUUAAGAAAGAUGGCUGUUGAAAUUUUAGAAUGGGCUCACGAAGAGGCAAGAUUUGUCUUGGAAGGUCGACUUUUGGUUGCUCAACCAACAGAUAAUAAUUGGAGACGAGGUAGAACUGUCAAACUAUCUCCUGUCACUGCCAUGCUUGUCACAAAUGGCAAGCCAACUGUUGAGUACGUAGAAUUCAACGAUGAUUCACUUUUCCCAAGAGACAUAGGUAUUAAAGAUGCGACAUUACUUUUGGUGAAAGAAAAAUUUGGUCGUUACUCUUUACUACGUGAACCUUUGUAUCUCGAUAAAUGUAUAGUAUGUUGUGAAACUAAUCUCGAGGAAUAUUUUGAAAUACAAGAAUUAUCUUCCAAGGAAACAUUCAUAUUCAAGGCUGAGGAUGGCGCCAGAACGAAAAGAUGGUGUAGAACUUUGCAAGCUCAUGCACAAUCUCUUGGUGCUUGGCGCAAACGUCGUGGAGCUUUACCUAAUAUUAUGAUAUGUGGUGUGGCUAGAAAUUAAAAAAAAAAAAAAAAGAAAGAAAAAAAAUAA